GAAACUGCGACAUGGUCUUGAAAUUCUCCACCCACAAGAGAACAAAUAUAAGAAAAAAAGGGUUUGAACUUUGACCUGCAAAACAAAGAAGAAUCAUAGAAAAUUUCAUUUUUCUGCAGCCAUAGAAAAUUAUGCAGAUAAACUGUUCGAUGUAGAAAGAAGGGGAUUUAAGCCGCCACAGAUCCCAGCUUUUAAAUAUAUAACUUGUUUCUCCGCUGAUCAAAGACUGUUAAAGCCAAAGAUUCUCAAUGGAAUUUCCUGAAAAAGUGAAUAUGAAGGAACAAUAUGCGGAUCAGUUCAUUGGGAGUCCGUUGAUGAGCUCAUAUGGCACAACUCCAGCCAGGCACUCUUCUGUUUCUGAGCCUCGCAGCUUAUUUCAUAGUCCACCUUCCUCAGAUGACUCCCCCUCCUUCAAAACCAAUCAUACAUGGGAUUCACAGAUGGGAAACAAGAAAAAACUUGGGAGGAAAAGUAGCAGUCUUGCACACAGGAUUCGCGAGCAUGUGAAACUGGGGCCCAAGUUGUCUGAAACUGUAAAGGGAAAGAUAAGCUUGGGGGCAAGAGUUAUUCGAGAAGGCGGGAGGGGGAACAUCUUCAGACAGGUGUUUGGAAUGGGAGAAGGAGAGCAGAUGUUGAAAGCCUCGCAGUGCUACUUAUCAACAACGGCCGGUCCUAUUGCAGGCCUCCUCUUUGUUUCCACUGAGAAGGUUGCCUUCUGCAGUGAAAGAUCCAUCACCAUUCCUUCGCCUGACGGCCAUUUGAUUUCUAUACCUUACAAGGUUCUGAUACCAAUAAAGAAGAUUCAAAGAGCCAACCAAAGUGCAAAUGUGAACAACCCUGCCCAGAAGUACAUAGAAAUAAUUACUGAGGAUAAUUUUGAAUUUUGGUUUAUGGGAUUCUUACGGUAUGAGAAAGCUCUAUGUAAUCUUCAAAAGGCCAUUUCCAUGGCCAACCAAAUAUAAGAAGCGCUUGCUGAGUCCAUGAAGGAGAGAAAAUUUGAUCAGGCAAAUCGUGUUGACAAAGCUGUCUAGUUGCAUGUAUAAUAUUGUUAGCUUGUAUUUUUAAUAGCUAGGAGAGUACUUGGCCCCUGAUGUGUAGCCUUUGUUGUUUUAGGAAAUGAAAGUUAGUGUAAAAUAGAACUUAAAUCACAAUAUACAUUGAAUGAGGCCCUUCAUUUUUUACCA